AUGAACGCCGCCCAAUUCGACCAGUACGGUCUGCUCUCGCACUCGGUUGCGAAUGCUUCGCACCAACACCACGCGGCGUCACAUCAGCACCAGCAUCACCAGCAGCCACAUCAUCAGCAUGCCGCUUUCAACCCGGCUUUAGGUCACGCGGCACAGGGCGACGACAUCUUCAUUGCACGUCAGACAAUGUUCGACGCGGUAAGCCGCCUCUCGGCUCAGCUUCGCCACGCCGCCGACUCGUGUGACGCGUUUGUCAAGGUGGUAGCACGACAAAAUCCCAACGUCGCAGCGCUUGUGCUGGCGCAGCAAGGCAACGUCUCGAGCGCAGGCAGUGCUGCCGGUGUACCAAACACGUUUGACUUUCUCAGCAUCGCCAACGGCGCGCAUCCAGGUGUGGCGGCUACUCCUGGAGCCGAAACAGCUGCAGCGGCAAGUACAGCCGGUGCCAACGGCAAAGCGGCCAAGAAGAUGAGCAAGCUGCAAAAACGCAAAGAGAAGCGUCUGCGCGACCCAGAUGCACCCAAGCGACCGCCAAGCGCUUACCUGCUCUUCCAGAACGAGGUGCGCCAGGAGAUUCGCAAAAAGCAUCCGGGCAUGCCCUACUCGGAAGUACUAGGCAAGGUUUCGGAGGCUUGGAAGGCGCUCACAGACGACCAGAGGCGUGUGUACCAGGACAAGACGACAGAAAACAUGGCGACAUGGAAUCAGCAGAAGAAAGACCACGAGGCCACCAUGUCACAACCCGGACCUCUGGAGCAGUAA